AUGGUGACAGGGCUCUCUCAGCUGGUGAGAACACAGCAGGUUGUCACAGCAACCCUGGGAGAGGACGCUCACUUCAGCUGCAGGCUCAUGAAACCCAAAGACGUGCUUCAAGUCACCUGGCAGAAAGUGACACCAGGGACUGAAAAUGUGGCCACCUACAACAAACGAUUUGGACCAGUAGUCAACCCACCUUUUCAGAGGAACGUUGAGUUUGAAGACGAGGGUCUGCAGAACUGCACUAUCGUCAUCAGAGGAGUGUCAAGAGGAGAUGAGUCCUGCUACAAGUGUCUGUUUAACGCCUAUCCAGAAGGAGCUAUCAGCGGCAGGACCUGCCUCCAAAUUAAUGAGCUGUAUGGACCCUCACUCCUCAUCACACAAACCAACAACAGUCACACCACUCUGUCCUGUUCUGCUACUGGACGACCUGUUCCUAUAGUAACCUGGGACCACAUAGAAAACAUCAGUCUAGACAAAUCCACCAUGGCUGAUGUCACCCAUUCCAAUGAAACAGUCACUGUCACCAUAACUGCCAUGGUGGCAGCGUCCAGUCUACCUGACAAAGACACCAGGGUUAGGUGUGUAGCGUCAUCCCGUGGUGCCGUCAAGGAGGUUUCCAUGGUGAUUCCAACUAGGGAUCAAGCUUCAUUUGCAGGUCAAUCUCAGGUCUCUGAUGAUGACAGGAUCAGUGGUGCAGUGGUUGGUGCAGUGAUUGGUGCAGUGCUGGGUUCAGUGUGUCUCAUUGCUGUAUUCUGUGUAAUAUGGCUGCAAAAGAGGAGAAAAGAUACCUCUUCCAGAAAACCCCCAGUUCCUGACCCUGAAAUCAGCAGAACUCCCUUAAAGACACCACCAACAUCCAAACAUGUCACACCAACCUCCAGUCCAUCACAAAUGUCACACUUGUCAACCAGCUCAACAGUCAAGCAUAGGUUGACUAAGAACUCCAGUCCGUCACAAAUGAUACCAUCCCUCAGCUCGUCUGACAAGCGCAGGAUACAACCAGCUCAGGAGGCUGUAAAGAGGAUAGACUCCCUCAGCUCCUCAGCCAAGCGUAUGAUGCAACAAGCACAAGAUGGUGUAGAGAAAUUAUCUCCUGAGAGACCAGAUGACCUGCAAUGUAGAAGGAAACUUUUAGAGGGUUACGAGGACUGAGUGACUACCAUACUGUCUCACACACAUCUGUGUGGUUCAGAGACCGUUUUCUAUCCAUAGGCAUUGUGGGUACUGAAUAGUGGACUGAAUGGCCUACACACAUAGGCCUGCUGGUUAUUGUAUAUGUAAAUACAGUAUGAAAAUAUAGUUUGUAGUUGGUUAAUGAUGAAACAUGAUAAAUCCACACUACACUUGUUUGUGUGUUUAUUCUUCACUUUUUUAUAAAUCAAGUGUUGUGAUAUUAUAACCUACACAAUAUCAUAAUGUAGACUACUUUCAUGGUGUGUUGUGAUAUUAUAACCCACACAAUGUCAUAAUGUAGACUACUUUCAUGGUGUGUGUUUUGUGUGUGUGUGUGUGUUUUCUUUCUUCACUUUUUAUAAAUCAAAUGCUGUAAGAUACACAAUGUUGUGAUGUCCUUUGUUGUGUGUUUGUUUUCUACUUUUAUAAAUAAAAUGUUUAAACAAUGUUGUAAUGUAUGUUGUGACAUCGCUUGUUAUACAAUGUGUCAUAAAUCUGCUGCUGGAAAUGC